AUGACUCUCAAACUCAUCGAGGUCGACACUGCUACUGAUUUCGAAGAGCUCAUCGCAUGUCAAUGGGAAUCUUACGAAAAUCCCCUCCAGCCAUUCUUUCGCAUGUUUUGUCCUCUCAAUGCUCCAACACACGCAGAAUCUCUCAAGGAGUCAGUAGCGCUUCAGCUCAAAUGGCACAGUGAAGACCCAACAAGCUACUGGGCAAAAGUGGUGAACGACGAUGGCAAAAUCGUGGGUGGUUGUUUAUGGAAGAUUUGUUCCGAGAAUCCGUUCGAUACAGAUGAGGAUCAUUCCUACGCUUAUUGGCAGCCGGAAGGGGAGAGACGAGAGUUUAUCACACAAGCUCUGAAACAAUUCGAUGCGCCUAGAGCGCGGAUGGGGGCUAGACCUCAAGUCUAUGUCAAUAUCGUCUUUACACAUCCAGACCAUCGUCGCCAAGGCGUGGCGAAUGUUAUUAUGAACUGGAGCAAGCAGAAGGCUGAUGAGAUGGGUGUUGAGCUAUGGCUUGAUGCGACAGAGCAGGGCGUGCCUGUUUAUGAGAAGCAUGGAUUCACUGUCGUCAAUGUCAACACCAUACAGCCUACCAAAGAGAAUCCCGGUGAAGAAUGGCAUAAGGUUAAGGAAGAAUUAGGUCCUAUGACGUUCAGACAAAUGUGGAGGCCUGCUGGUGGUGAUUAUCAAGAAGGAAAAACGGUCAAGCCCUGGGAGACUGUUGAGAUCAAGUCUGAGCCUGAGCUGGCGUAUGUAGAGUCUCAUGCAGCUUAG